CGUUACGAAGUCGAAUACAUACAAAAACGACGACAGCGCUGAGCACGAGAAUGAGACGGUUUAUUGCAAUUUACGUGAAUCCGGGAUCCGGAUUUAACUCGGCAGCAAGGAACAAGAGGAAACGAGGUAUUGGCUGGUGUUGGCAAAUUCCCUGCCUCGUGUUUGCCUCACCUUUUCCGGAGGUCGUUGACCGGACAUCUAAUCUAUAAAAACCCACCCUUUUGUCUAUUUAAUUCUCCCAUCCUCAAACCCUUGUAUUCUUCCAUACCCACCUUUUCUCCUUCAAAUCCCGCCCACGUCGCCGACGCCAUGGCCAUCUACGAGGAAUACGCAUCGCUCCCUAUUAGCAGCGACAUUACGCCUGGUGACAUCGUCGCCGUUAACCACGACCGCUACGGUCGUCAAGAGGGCCUCGUCGUUGGCUCACGUGUCGACUUCGCUGGCCGACAAAUCCUCGAAGUCCAGCUGGAAGCCUCGCAAGAAAUCUACCAAGCAUGGUACCCCACCGUCACCCGCGUCAGGCGAACAGUCUCCUACAGCCGACCUGUCGUCGCAAAACAGCGCACCAUUGAACGCCGAAUCUACUGGUGAUCAUCACCGGCUUCCCAUUUCUCCCCUUGGUUUGGACUGUCGAUUUUUGUAUUAUCUAAGUAUAAGUAUCUACCCUCCCCGGCCAAGUCGACAUGGUCAUGGUGCUCUUGCUUUCGGACGUGGGGC